UUGGAUUCGCGUACAUUUUUGUUUGUUUAAUUAUUUAAUUAAUUAUUAUAAUUAUAAAGGGGUAAUGUAACGGUCAAGUAUUUAAGUAGUUUGAAUCAAUCAAUUUGAGAUCAGACGUUAAUUUAAAUCUUGUAUAAUCACGAGAGUAUUUUUGAAAUUUUUAUGAUCAUGAAAAUGGAAGUCGUGAAGGAAAACAUGGAAAAUAGAAAGAAAACAUCUAAAGUAGAUGUUAUUCAUCCGUGGGUUAAUACGAAACGAUCAUCAUUGGGAUAUCAUAUUUGUAAGACGUUGCAUAAAUACGUCAGCCUUUAUUGCGAACAAUCAGCUUUGGUGGGUUACAAGUAUUUGAUUGAGCCACGUAGAACGUGGGUCGAAAGGGUCAUAUGGUUCGCUGCCCACGUGACAACUAUAUGCAUAUUGGUGUACUUUGUUACUGAUGCUUACUCAGCGUUCAUAACUAUGCCAAUGGUGACUUCGGUUGAGUCGGAUCAUUAUCCUACAAAUAAAAUCACCUUUCCAGCAAUAGCAAUUUGCAGUAUCAACAGGAUAAGUCGACAAUCCGCGGUUAAAAUGGCGAAGAAAGUUUACAGAUCAAACGUCACGAAUUUAACUAUGGAAGAAAUUCUCGAAUUGUUCGAACAAUUUGGCGACUCUUAUAAUUCUAUGCGAAAAUUGAAUAAAAAUCGACGUAACGAGUUGAACAAUCUUUUGUUGGAUUUUUACGAGGGAGAAUAUGACAUGGACGCCAUAAUGAAAGAACUAACACCACAAUGUUCGGAUAUGUUACUUAAGUGUAUUUUCAACAGUAAUGAGUAUAAUUGUUCAGAUAUUUUCUCAUUUGAAAAAACACAGGACGGAUAUUGCUGUACUUUUAAUUAUAUUACAGAAAAAAAUUCGAAUAACGACGAGAAACCAAUGAAAGUGAAAACCGUCAAGAAUUUAGGAGUCGAAUGUGGUCUUACAGUCGUGAUGGAACCUUUCCUGGAUGAUUACUUUUACACUUUUCUUCCUGUUAUCGGAUGGAAGGUGACGUUGUUUAAUCCUACCGAUUAUCCCGAUAACAUCAGCGGCGGUGUCACCGAGGUGUUAGUUUCACCGUUAUUGGAAUCCUUCUUGCAAAUCGAGGCUGUAUCCUUCCAUAGUACAAGUCAUACCAAAUCGUAUCCUAUUCCUAAACGGAAGUGCAUAUUCUCUAACGAGAUUCAAACUCGUUAUGGUGACUACAGUUACAGCGAUUGCUUGGUCGAUUGCAGGGAAGAGCAAAUAUGGAAAAUGUGCAAGUGCAUUCCGUUUUAUCUUCCUACGCGUACAAAAGUACAAUCGAAACAUGGAAGAAGAGCAUGCACGUUGACAGAUAUAACAUGCUUAGAUCGUUACAAAUCCAACUGGUUAACAGUUUUCCCUCACGACGAUGAAACUUUGAACAAUACGGUGGACGAAUAUAAUUCGUUACGUUGUGGAAAUUGCUAUCCUUCUUGUGAAGAUGUUCUUUACACCAUUCACAGUUCUUUUUCAAAGAUGAAACGUGGUUAUUAUGAAACGCAGUUGUUGCACAAUAUCGAAAUAAUUGAUCAGAGUGUAAUUCACAUAUUUUUUUCUAAGUACGGCAUGGUUAGAUUAAAACAAGACCUCUCUUACACCUGGUAUGAACUUUUAAGCGAUAUCGGUGGUAUUUGUGGGAUCUUCAUCGGGUUCAGCCUCAUCAGCGUCGUCGAGCUUAUUUAUUUUUUCGUUUUAUUACUUCUCGAGCUAUACAAAAGUUUCGACCGAAAUUCAGAUGAGAUCGAGAUCGAGAUCGAUGAACCGAAAGAGAAGGAAUCUAUGAGCUAUACGAUAUAUUGGAACGAAUUAGUGCCUAAAUCAAGAGGAAGAAAAACAAAAUUCCUUAGUCGUGGAAAUGUUGAACGGUACUAAUUAGUACCAUAUCAUCAUAAUUCACCGUUGGUAAUUUUUCACUGAAAAGCAUAUUCGAUCCAGGGAAGCUUCGAUUGCGAAUAAAUUUUUCUUUCCUUCAACAACAAUCUUUUAUAUUUUU